ACAGGAAAUUUUUAUUUUAAUUUAUUUAUAUAAUUUCAUCCUUAUGCCAAGGAAUUUCAAAAAAAUUAUGGAUAGACGUUAAUUUACUAAUUAUAUUAAAUUAUUUCAUUAUGAAAAUAAUAUUUUUUGUUUGAUUUAUUAAAUUUGAUUAAAAUGAUAAUUUAACAAAUAAUUAAAUUGCGUUUUAAUUUUUUAGUCUCGAAAUGCAGUGUGUACUUUAAAACCAAAUCGUCAGGCUGCUUUAUGUAUUCGCUUUUUUCCUCCAUGAUAAUGAAAGGAAUGAAUAGCAAUGAAUAGCAAUAGUGACUAUCAAUAGUCUCAAUGGAAGAGUAGGAUUAGAAUUAAUAAUUUGUGUAGUCCUCUGAAAUAUAAAAUAAAAUAAAUAACAUACUCUUCAUACCCCGUACUUUAAGAGUAAAUAAAUACUAUGUCGGAUGAGGAGGGUUACAAUUCUGAAGAAGACGUUGAUUACAUUCCAUCGGGUAGGUGAUAAUAAUUCAUGAUUCAUAAUCGAACAGUCAUACAACGCCGACCUUAGGUAAAAUUUCGCCCUGUGCUAAGCACCCGUUCGGCGCCCCCAUCCCUAAUUUCCACGCCCUUUUGGUUGGUCCCAACUCGAGUGUUAGUAUCCACAUUAAGAAUGCAACUUUCGUUGUAUGAAAAUCGAAUGAACGAAUGUACAAAAAUAAAAAGUUAAAAUUCCGCUUCUCAACCCUGGACUCAAGGGUUUACACUUCACUAUAAUAAACUAAGGGAAUUUAAAUAUUUACUGGGCGUCCCUAUGGCCUUGGCGACCUGUGCCGGCCCUGAGUCAUACAUGAUAUUGAUACACACAUUCACAUAGUCAAAGUAAUAAUACUAAAUAGUAGUUUGUAGGUUUGAUGGUCUACCCUUUAGACUAAAGACUUACACUUACACUAUAAGUAGAAUUAUAAUUAUUAGAAUUACGACUUCGAGUUGUUAAUGUUAUUAGACUCACAAUUAAGACUUUUGUCACUGAGUAGUAAGGUAAGUUAGUUAAGUAAAUUAGUUUUUUUUAGUGUAAGGCAAAGUAAGAUUAUAUUUAUUUUUAAUUUUAGUAGAGAUGAGGGAGGCUUAAGGGCACUUUAGUUUUAGACUUAUUAAGUUAAGUGUCAAAAAGCUAAUUCUAAGUUGCCACAUGCCAUUACUAAUUUUACUCAGUAACUUAUACUACAAGACUAUAACAAUUUAAUAACAACAAUUACAACCAAAUGUCAUGUGGCUUACUUGAGUCAUGCCGUAAAAUUAGCCAAUUAUUUUCAUUUAAUUAUCAUCAAUGAUUAAUUAUAUUAUGACUUAUGAUCCAUUCCAGAAAUUUAAGCAUUGUAAUUGUAAUAAAAUGUUAUGUUGUAUUAACUUAUAUUAUAAUAUAUUAUUAAUAUUAUUAUUAUAAUUUAUAUUUUAUUAUUUUAUCCCUAUUCAAAAUUACAAAAUAUUUAGUUUGCAGUGUGAUGAUUUUUUUCACACUACUACUAGCACUAAGCGCUUUGGUCUCACUUAUUUUGUGGAAUCCCAACCUCUAGGUUGAACAUGAACGAUAUGUGGGAUAACUUUCCAGUUCUUCACCAAGCUUUAUUCGCGUCAUGACAACUUAAUCUGACAGUCAAUUCAGUUUAGUUUAAAUGAAAUCUAAUUAAAUAAAAUUGAAAUUUUCCAUUAAUUUUAUUAAAAUUCAACUAUUACAAGGUUCAAUAGAAAUACAAAAAAAACUAAUCCUGGCUAACUUGCCAAAACCAUGAUACGGGGUAUAAAAUGUAUGCAAAGUGUUGUCUUUUGAUUGGAUGAAAAGAGAAAUAGGGUAUAGAUUGGGUUAGCAGUGUGGGUUUUGCUAAGAGUGACAUCACAUUGGGAAAUGCCAACACUGGAGUCAAGGUGAAUAAUUGUUGGACCUGACCGAUGUGCAUAAUAACUUCACGUUCUCGACUUAGCAUAAAAUAAAUUUAAAUGAAACAUAUUAAAGUUAAAGUGAAAUUCCCAUUCGUUUUUAUUAAAAUUCAUUAUACAAGCAAGUUUUAAAAAAAAAAAAGGCAAGGAACUCAUCCUUGCUGAUACCCCUAGUACCUAGAUGAACACCAGUGUAAACAAAACAAUAAAAGUGCUGUCUUUUGAUUGGUUGAAAAAAGAAGUAUGCUGUUCACCUCUAUCAUGUCACCAAUUCAUGAGACCCCUCCCACACUUUCAACACAAGAAUAAAAAAUAAUAAGAAAAAAAACCUGUAUGAAAUAAACACAGCUAAAAAUCUAAAUCUUUAGAAUACAGAAAUAUAAAGUAGUUCACUUGGGGGACCUCUAUUACCUGUAUACACUAAAAGUCUUAACUGGGUUGUUUGACAGAGUCAUUUUGUCAUGGGAUGCCAUUGUCAAAUUGACUUGAAAUACAUAACUCCAAACUCAUCUGAGGAGCCACUUAAUGCAGCAUGUAAAGUUUACCUGCAUUUUCCAGUGCAAAAUACUUAAGUAACUGAAGAUUGGCAUCACAAAUUUUAAAUAAUUCUGAGCAAGUUAUUAAAAUCUGGUGUAAAUUACCUUUAUUAAAAGGAAGUAUUGAAGUAAGUGAAUAAUUUUUAAAAAAGAAAAAAAAAACGAGGGGGAAUAAACUUCCACUUUUCAUUCACUGAGGUUAUUUUAUCUCUAAUGAUAUCAUUAGGAGUACUGGAGAUGGGAAUUUUAUUGAUAAAAACAUUAUUUAUCUUUCUAAAUUUGCUGACAGAGGGGGAGCAAGUGAGUGAGGAAGACAAUUCAGGAGAUGAAGAAGAUCUUUCUGUGCUGCACGAUGGUGAUACCUCACCAACCAAAGGAUCAUCAAAAAAGAAAAACACAACUAAAGCAAAAAACAUAAUUGGUGCCAGGUAAUAGAACUAGUGCUUUUCUUUCCAAUUCGGCAACACUGAUGUUUUAGAGAGGGAUGUUAAUUGUAUAGACAUAUGUUCAGAGUUAAAAAUUAAUUUAACAACUAUUAAUCUUGACUUGGUCUAGCAAUGUAGUGAUUCUAAUAAUGAUUGUAUAUAAGAAGUCUAGAAAUUCUAGAAAAACAAAUGAAAAUGAAAGAGCUUUCUUUUUUUAUUUUUGUUUAGGAAACGGCGUGGUGGAAUCAAACUGCAUGAAGUUGAUGAAACCGUACCUGCUGAUGGGACAGAACUAGCAGAAAGUGAAGAGGAGGCGAAGCGCAGAAAAGAACUUGCAGAACAAAUAGCAAAAGAAGAAGAAGAGAAAAGGAAAGAAAAAGAAAAAAAACGGGCAGAUGACUUAUGGUCUAGUUUUAUGUCUGGCGUCAAGCCAACGCCACGUCCAUCAACAAAUACCAGCCCCAGUCCACUGCCUGGCCCACUAUCUUCGCAGGUAAUGAUUUUCUUCUGCUUUUUCAAAUCAUUAAUUGAGUAAACAAAAUGCUUUGUUUCUAUUUAAAAAAAGUCAUACCAUAUAAAACUUUGAAUUUGGAAUCUCUGAUGACUGAUGUAUCUUAAGUCCUGUGAUAUCUUUUUAUUUUAAAACUCUUUCUUCAAUAUACAAAACAUUGUCUACACUCCUAAAAAUUUAAAGAGCAUAAGACAAGAUAUAUAGUGAGAACAUUUACAAAUAUCUUUGCUGUCACUGCUUAAAACUAAAAGUAUUUUAGCAUACCAGAAAUAAUCUGAUAGUUCAUAUUAAAUUUCAAUAAUCCUUAGGAAUAUUUAAAUAUUUAAAAAAAAAACACUACAUCAGCUUUUACAACACCAAUAUGAAUACUUUUGGAGCUCAUUGGGCCAUCUUUAAAUUCAUGACUUGUUCUUCUAUAACUUCAUUCAUACCAAUGGGUCACUGCCAGAAUAGUGUCAAAAUCUAGUUGUUUGCUUGUUUGCCAAACGAUGUGCAUCACGCUAGGAGGACAUCUAAUUUUAAAAGCUCAUGAAAUCCUCUUUUAUUUUUUUUUCAAGAUAGGAACGAACAAAUGAAUCUUAACAAGUGAUUUACACAUGGGCUUAUUCUUUUGUAACAUUUUGAUCAAUUAGGUCAAGUCUUCCAAUGAAACAGCUACUGAAACAAAACUGGAAACACCUUCUAGUAAUGAGAAAGUUAAAAAAGUCACUAUCACAAAAGUAUUUGACUUUGCAGGGGAGGAGAUCAAGUAAGUUUUUACACUUCACCAGUUGGUUUCAUCGACACGCUAAGGCUCAUUUACAGCACAGUAUAUGACAGCUGGGAGAGAAUGUUUGAUUGACAGCUGGGAGAGAAUGUUUGAGAAUAACAAACACUCUUUGCCAAUUUAGAGGAAGAAUAAAAUUUAACAUGUUUUCUGUCGAGUUUUUGAAAAAAAUACUUAGACAUAUUAGAAAACUUACAGAAAACAAAUUUAAUACGGAGAUGCCAAGCACAGAAUCCUCCAUUCAGGUUUCCAAAGGCCACCUCAGCUUUUACUUUAGUUCUAACAGUUGGUCUUUAUACAACUAUGUUGUUGUUCUUCCGUCAAAAUCGACUAGGAACAUCGAGUCAUCCGGUUAGGGGAGAGGGUGGGUUAUGGUGAGCUCGUAUGUGGCUUGCUAGACUGAUCCUUGCUCGGAAAAAAUCUCUGGCACUGGGGGCAGGGGAUAGUUGCUGCUGUCGGUGAUCUACUAUUGCUCUUGAGCCUCCUCGUCUUAGCUGUGGUUAUCCUACUGGCUUCAUGAGAUUUAGCCCCUUUCUUGACAGCUGCUCUCCAACUGGCUCUAUCCUGGGCUGUCUGCACCCAUUUAGUAGGGUUGAUGCUGUAGGCCUUUAGUGCCGCUUUCAGUGAGUCUUUGUAACGCUUUUUUUGACCUCCUUGGGAGCGCUUGCCUAUCAGAAGUUCUCCGAAGAAAAUCUGUUUUGGGAGCCGGUGAUCCUCCUUACGGGCUACAUGUCCCAUCCUGAUGCAGUUAUACAACUAUGCCUUGUGAUAAUUACACCAUCUUUCCAUUUUUUGAUUUCUAUAGGAUCACAAAAGAAGUGGAUGCAGAUUCUAAAGAGGCUAAGGAAGAACAAAAAAAACAAGAAAAUUUAACGCAGGAAAAGUCAAGUUCAACAGCUGCUGUUUUGAAAACUUCCAUCGGGUAAUUUUAUGUCAUCUAAAAUGGUUCAGGUCAUUAAUUAUAAUGAAAAGUUCAUCACAAAUUUUACAACUUGAACUAGUGGGAUUGAGUUAUUUCAUCUUGAACAGAGUAUUUAUUAUCUUUUGUGAUUUUAUUUUAGCACCAUCAUAAAAAAAAAAGAAGCUGGCAGCAUAUAUGAUAAGACAUUUAAAAAAAACUAGAUGUUAUCUACUAGUUAAUUUUUACCAUCGUUGUAUCAGAGUUUUAAAUCUUUCGUUUUUUUUUCAAAUCAUUUUUUGUAAAUUCAUAAUUGAAGACUUUUAUUUUGUCCUGACUCUUCGGCAGGCUAGGAACCAAACGUCCUGCCACCGGUGGAGGUCUGGGUAGUGUUCUGAAUAAGAUAAAUAAAAAAAAUAAAAUGGGAACGCUGGUAAGUAUAUCAAGCAGAAGAACUCUAAAUUAGGUACCAUAUUAAAAUUUAAUAAUUAAAUGGGGCAUAACCAUCAUCUGUUUACAGCAGGAUUUGGUUGCAUCUAUAUUUGCCUAUUUACACUUGUUAACUCUUAAUGUUUUUUUUAAUCCCAAUACAAGUAGUCUACAAAACUUUUUUCUUCAUUGGUAUGCUUUAAAUGGCACUUUUUGUGGAUCUCUCCUUUAUUUUGGACAGACUUCUUCUAGAAUAAGUUAUGCAGUAUUUUAUUUUGUCAAAUAGGAAUGUUUUUCUACCAAAAAUCUUUUCCAUUAGUGAUGUGUAGGUUUAUAACUAAUCUCACAGGAAAAGUCUAAAAUUGAUUGGGAUUCCUUCAAGAGGAAAGAAGGCAUUGAAGAAGAUUUGAAGAUUCAUAACAAAGGCAAACAGGGGUGAGUAGAGUAUUACUUCUACUCCCUGGUGGCAGUGUUGUAAUAGAAGAAAGUUUAUUCUUACCAGGGCAGUGGAAGUGGUUCAUAUCCAUUUGGUUAUGGGUAUAGAUCAUACAAUUUAUAUCUUUGAAUCCGGAUACAAACAAUCUGAAAAAGUUCAGGUGAAAUUAAAAUUGGUUAUUUUGUUGACUCUUUGCUUACCACUGGGUGAUGUUUGUAUUUAAUCCAUAUUCCUUAACAAAGUAUUUAAUCCUUGGCCAUUUCCCUUACAAAGGAAUUCAAUUUAUAUUUUGAAAAUAUUUUAUCAAGGUCCUAAAUAUUGAUUAAUUUUUUAAAAAAUGCUAGACAAAAGCAUCCAGAAAUGAAUUAGAUUUAAGAAAAUAUGUUAACUGCCACAAAGAUAUAGAACAACAACCAAAAUAUUUAUUUUUUGCACCUCUGACAUACACAUGCACUGUACUAAGAGUGCACAUAGAUUAAAAAUGUAAAAUGAUGAAAAAAAUUCUGUUUUUCUUUAUUGAAGUCACCUUAAGUCUCAAGGGCCAUGUGGUUUCAUUGCUAUUUUUAAAUAACGAGAGAAAUGUGUCAAGAUGCAAUUGGUUUCAUCCAUCACGACCCCAAUAUGACUCGUUUAGUCCAUAAAAAUUGUAGGGAAUGAGUUAAUUAGUCUGUUUUAGCUGCAUUAGAAUACAAUACCUGUCUGACAUUAUAAGCAAGCAUUAACACAAUCCUUGACAUGAAGUCAUACUAACACACUAAUAUACUAUCAUUGUCAACAAAGUUGUCUCCCGUUCCCAGCCCUGACUGAUAUUAAUUUACAUCAUUCAAAAAGUCAAAUCUAACAUCAAUUGAAUUCAAUACACUUAACUGUUUCAACAUCUCUACAGUAUUCAGUCUCUUUAUGAAUGAAACAUUUUAAAAAACAGAUUUCUUCUCUAGAGGCUACCUAAGAAUCAAAGAGCCAUAUUUUAUAUUCAAGUUUUCAACAAUAUUUAACAAUACUAUAACAUAUGCUUUGCUUUUUACAGUUACACCGAAAGGGUUGCAUUUUUGAACAGGACAGACCAGCGACAGUACGAAAUAGAGAGAGAUCUGAGGCUUGGCAGCACUAGCAAAAGAUAAUAAAACUAAGCGGCAAUUUCAAUAGAAUCGUCACUAUAUAAAUUGUGUGUCAGAAUGUGGAUGAGUAAAGCUAUAAUGAUGAGUAAAACAAUGUGGAUGAAUAAAACAAUGUGGAUGAGUAAAGCUAUGUAGAUGAGUUAUGGCUUACAUCAAAGCAAUACAAGUUUGGUUCUGGUCUUUGCAGUGCAGCAGCAAACCGACAGGACCAGUUUGUUGUGUUUUGUGAGAUGUUAUUUUUCACCCAGUGAUAGUGGGAUGAAAAAAAAAAAGAUUAUUAUGAAGUAGUUUUCAACUAGCAUGCCUAUGCUACAUUAUGUGCAAUAUCAGCACACCUACCCCACAUUAAGUGCGAUCCAUGAAACAAAACAUUUGUAAAUUUAUUGAAAGAAAAAUGAAUGUAAAUCUUAAGUAUGACAGCUUCCAAGACAACUUCAGUCUAUGAAGAGUGUAGCUGAAUCUAUUUAAACAUUACAAGAUGGCUGGAUCAUAUGUAAAAAAACAAGAUACUUCUUUUGGAUAGUCUGCAUUUAAAAAAAAAUAAUUCUGUGUUUAAUUUCAAUGGGUUUUUUGUUUGUUUUUGUAUAACAAAUUGAUUUUUUUCUUAAAAAUAAAAA